CUAGGGAAAUUUUUUCAGGAAGAGGGAAAAACCAAGCAACCAACCUUGUUAGACCUGGGGAUACACGGUGGGGCACACAUCAUAAAACUUUGUGUCGGUUUAUUGAGAUGUGGACAUCUGUUUUGCAUGUAUUAGAGAACAUUCAUGAUGAUGCAGAAAAUUUAACACAAAGAACCACAGCAGGUGGCUUGAUAUCUCAGAUGGAAAGUUUUGAAUUUGUUUUCAUAUUGCAUGUUAUGAUCAAACUAUUGGGCAAGACUAAUGAGUUGUCACAAUGUUUGCAAAGGAAAGAUCAAAACAUAGUUCUAGCAGUGAGUUUGAUUGGGAUCACAUUGCGGCAACUUCAAAAUAUAAGAGAUAAUGGUUGGGAUCAGCUCUUGAAGGACACAACUGACUUUUGUGUCAAACAUAACAUUAUAUUGCCUAACAUGGAUGAUACAAUACCCGCUCGGGGCCGUUCAAGGGGGCGUGGUGGUCAAAUGGUAACUUUCUAUCAACGCUUCAGAUAUGAAAUAUUCAAUGUUCUGCUUGACCAAAUAAUUACCGAGUUAAAUAACCGCUUUGCUGAAAGAUCUACUCAAUUGUUGAGAUGCAUUGCUUGUCUUGAUCCAAGGAACUCAUUUGCUAAUUUUGAUGAAGACAAACUUGUUCAACUUGCUCAGAUGUAUGCUGAUGACUUCUCCAUAUAUGAGAUUUCUUUUGUCCUUAGAAACCAACUUGAAAACUUCAUUGCUGAUGUGAGAGCUGAUUCAAGUUUUGUUAGUUGUAAUGACCUUGGUAGUCUUGCUGUGAAGAUGGUUCAAACUGAUAGACACAUAGUCUUUCCUUUGGUAUAUCGUCUUAUUGAGUUGGCAUUGAUUUUGCCUGUUGCAACCGCAUCAGUGGAAAGAGCUUUCUUAGCUAUGAGUAUUAUCAAGACUGAGUUGAGAAAUAAGAUGGGUGAUGAUUGGUUGAAUUAUUCCAUGGUGUGCAAUAUUGAGCGAGAAAUAUUUGCAAAGGUUGAUGAUGAUGCGAUUAUAUAUCGCUUUCAAGCCUAUAGAUUUCGCAAAGGAACUUUACCUCCUCGUAGUAGUGUUGGCUCUUCUUCCACCGUUGAUCAAGUUAUGGAAGACACCGAUGAAGCAAACCAUUGAUUUGGUACUCUUUUU